CUGAACUCGCCUAUGUUUGUAAUCACACGUGUAACCGUGUGAACAUUUUCUGCAAUUUUCUUGAAUCGUAUCAGUGACGUGAUGAUGUAUCGUAGGAAUUCAUAGGUCCUUUUGAACAUUUGUUAUAAAAUGUUUCCUCAAUUUCGUAAUGCGUGUCGAAGAAAUGUAACUCUAAAUGUGGAGAAUGUCGGGUGUUUACAAAAAUGUUGGUUUACGAUGCCGGUCUUGGGUGAACGAAUUCCUGUGCCUGAAGUUGAGCCACCAAAAAAGGCUAAAAAAGAUAAAACCCCUAUAAUCGUAUGCAAAAGGAGUGAAUUUAACUUUUAUGAAGGUGAUACUUAUCCUAAGUUUAAACCAAUCGAAUUGGCAUCGAGAGCAUGGUAUCACAGAAAAUCCAAGGGAGAUCACUUUACUAUAUAUCCUAUAAAAAAUAUUGAAGGAAUAACAAAUGUGACACCUAGUAGUAACGUUACGUUUAAAGAUUUUAAUUUGAACUGGAAUUUAUUGAAAAAUUUGCGUGACCAAUAUGACAUUGAAUGUCCAGUUGAAAUCCAGGAACGAGCAAUCCCUAUGAUUCUGAGUGGGGAGAAUGUAAUUAUAGCAGCUCAUACUGGAUGCGGAAAGACUUUGGCUUAUUUGCUUCCACUCCUACAUCAAAUCUUAAAAUGGAAAGACAUUACAGACAGACAUUUCAAUUCACCACUGGGAUUGAUUAUUACUCCCAGCAAAGAAUUAGCGGCACAAAUCGCGAAAGUAGUCAUCGCAUUAACACAGGAUAUCGACUUCAAUGUGAAAACAAUUGUUGGCGGCCAAACAAAACACUUAUUGAUGAGUAAACCCAUCGAAAAUGUUGACUUAAUAAUUGCCUCUCUAGGAACAAUAAAUAAACUAGUUAGAGAUGGGCUAUAUAAAAUGGAUCAUGUUCGCAUCACCGUUCUGGAUGAAGCAGACUCCUUGUUUGAUGGCACCUUCCAAGCUAAACUUAGACAGGUUCUACGUAAUAUCACUUUUGGAUUCAAGCAAGAACACUUGCACAACACACUACCUGUAACUGCCCAAUUAAUGCUCGUUUCGGCCACGAUGCCUACUGAUCUCAUAGAAACACUUCAUGAUAUUGUAAAUACAGACUCCCUGCAGACUGCAUCAACAAAUAGACUACAUCAUGUUCAUGUGCUGCAAAAGUUUAUACGGCUGAUGAAACCCGAUAAACCUACAAUGUUAUUGAAAAUGGUGAAACAAAAGUAUUUAAAUGAUUGUCCACUUAUCAUAUUCAGCAAUGAAACAUCAACUUGUGACUGGAUCAGCAUGUAUCUGAACGAAUUUAAUAUACGCAAUGUUAACUUAAACGGUCAAAUGAACCUUAAAUUGAGGAGAGGAAUGUUUUCUCAAUUUCAAUGCGGUAAUGUGACUGUACUAAGUACCACCGAUGCUGGAUCCAGGGGGCUAGACACUGUAAUGGCCCGACAAGUCUUAAAUUAUGAUCUACCCACAUCAACCGUUGACUAUAUCCACAGGUGUGGUAGAAUUGGAAGAUUAGGCAGUCCACACGAUUGUAAAGUGACAAGUUUUGUCGCACGUCCAUUGGAAAUUGUUUUGGUACAAAAGAUUGAAAGAGCCAUUCGAAAAAAGGUACCUAUACCACUCUGCGAUGUUUUGAAAGAUGCAAAUGAGAGUGAUAAAAUAGAUAGCAAAUACGACCAAGAACUGCAAGACAUGUUGGAUAAUAUACCCGACCCAAAAACAUCGCAGUAUUCAGAGGAAUAUCCAACGCCUUAUUAAUUUCCAUAUAUUCUUUUUCACAAUCAUGUAAAUUAACUUCAAUGUAUUUUAAUGCAUUUGCAUGUUAUGACUUUGUUGCAUUAAAUCAUUUUUAUGUGUAUAA